UUAAAUACGGUAAGAAUUCUUACUGCAAUGAAUUGUUUGAUGGAUAGCCGAUUCAGUUCAUUAAACAUCAUCUGAUUGCUUUGCUUUGCAGCAAUUUUCAAAUUCCCUUUUAUUUGUUCUUAAUAGACAAAGUACAAUACUGAAAGUGUGGUGCAAUUAUUGUGUUGAAAAGCAGUAUUUUAGUCUAAUUAGACUAAAUGAAAACUAAAUUUUAGUAGUAUGUUUUAUUAGCUAUUCUACACAGAUAACCUGUUUUUUUUUAAUUACGAUUUGUACAUUACAAUACACACUACAAUCAUUUGCUAUCAUCUAUGCUAAGCCAACAAUAUCUCCGGAGAAAAGCACUGUAUAGAAAAAUAUAGCAUGAAGACUCGAAUAAAUUAUAAAAAAAAAAAAAGUUAGAAACGCAGCAAUUAUCGAUUAGGAUUUAUUUAUCUUUGGCAACACAGUUGACAUACUAUCUAAUAUAUGCAAAGUUAUCGAUAAUAUUUAUUUAAUAAAAAGAAAAACACAUUCAUGAAAAAAGUCUUGGCAACCAAUACAAAACCUCAAAAAUGGCGACCAAUAGAAAAACUUAAAGAAUAUUAAAAAUAAAAUUGUAUUAAUCAUUCAAUUUCAACAGAGGAGUUUAAUCAUAACUAUAAAGGAUCAAAUUCUUCAAUGUGUCAAAAAUCAAGCUAGUUGAUCUGUUCUAAUAGUUUAACUGUCUAAUGGUAAAGCGUUCUUUUUAGGAUACUGUAUACAAAACCAUGCCAAUUGGUUUUACUAAUGAUUAUGGCUAUUGGGUCAAAAUAAUUUUAUAUGUUUAGUUUUUUUUCUACAAGAUCCAAUAGUAAGAAAAAAAAAGUAAAAUUAGAUCAAAAAAAGAUUUAAAUCAAAUCAAAAAGAGAUCCAUUUAACAGUAUUGUUGGAAGACCUAACUUUGCAUCAAAGUAUGACUUUCUUUAAUAUUUUUGACUGUAUUUACUUUCUAAUGGUCUAGGAGGUUACAUUUUCUUUUUUUUUAUGUAUAUAUUGUAACCCUCUCAGGUGCAUUACUCUAAAAAACAAAACUUGAUGAACAAAGCUGCUGUGCAGAGGAACAAGAUGAGCUCAGUAUAUUAUCGUAUUAUCAAUUAUCAUCCUCCUAAAUUAAGAAAAGACUUUUUCCUUAAAUAAAAAGCACAUAAAAUAAUUAUAAAACAUUAUUAAAAACAAACAAACUGUUAAAUGGACACUGCUUUAAUCUCUUUUACCUGUGUUUAACUAAUUUUGAUGAUUGCUAGAUUUUUAAGCUUUUUUUUUAAUUCUUUGUUUAGUUUUUGUCAUUGACAAUGUUAAAACAGUCUUCUUUAUACUCCAAGUAACCUCAAAUUGAAUGUAAAUUAAGGCUAAUUUCAAUUUAUUUUGAUUUAAAUAAUAACAUAUUCAAUAUUUGCUUCAUAUGUGUCACAUACAACUUAAUAUGUUGAGAAAUAAUGUUUCCUUAUCUAUUUUAAACAUGUUUUCAUUAUUUUGUUACUUUUACCAUUACAUUUGCGUGUAUUCUUGCUACAAUUGAUACACCACUUCCAAAUCAAGAUAGAUCCAAGAUAAAUAAUAAUGUUGAUAAAUUUGAAUGGUACAUUCUCGGAAUAUUCAUUUGGGAAACUUUACUCAAGAUAAUUUCUAAAGGCUUUGUUUUACAUCCUAAUUCUUAUAUGAGAAGCUUAAUGAACAUUGCUGAUUUUUUUAUCUUAAUUAUAAGCAUUUUAGCAACAUCAAAUGUAAUACCGAACCAAUGUCAAGUAAAAGGUUUGCGAAUCAUUCGAUUUCUUCGCCCUGUCAAAGCUGUUAUGGGAUUUCAAAGCUUGCAAGUUGUUAUAAAAUCUAUUGGUAAAGCCAUAUUUCCACUCUUGCAAGUGUUGUGUCUUGUUGCAUUUGUAAUUAGCAUGUAUGCCAUUAUUGGAUUGGAGUUUAUGGCUUCUAGAUUUCAUUAUUAUUGCAAGAAUAACUCCUCAAGAUAUUUAACUGAAAAUUACUUCUUUAAAUAUGAAAAUGAAGAUCUUACAAAAGCAUGUGACAGUAAUACAGAUGUAAAAUACUUUGUUCAUGGUCGUCAAUGUCUGUCAAAUCAAACCUGUUUUAGAAGUUAUAAUGCAGGUGUAAAUUUUGGAAUAACAUCCUUUGAUAACAUUUUUCUUUCUAUGCUAACUGUAUUUCAAUGUAUCACUUUGGAAGGAUGGGCAGAUAUCAUGUACUAUACUUUAGAUGCAAUGGAUUUAGAUGGAAUUAUAUGGACAUUUUAUUUUACAACCCUAAUUUUUUUUGGCUCCUUCUUCAUGUUACAUCUUGUUCUAGGAGUACUUAGCUGCGAAUUUACCAAAGAAAGAGAAAGGUUUGAAAAAAGAAAAACAUUUUUGAGGCUUCGUCAAGAAAAUCAAAUGUCUAAAGUUUGUGACAUUUAUUCUGAGUGGAUUUCUAUUGGAGAAAAACUAAUAUUCAGUGAACAAUUUGAGUUCAUUGUAAAUACUCCAGAAGCUUUAUGGAAUGAUUCUUUAAAUCAAAAUGGAAGCUACAAAUAUUUUAUUAGGUGUUCCUCUAUGAAAAAAUUAGAUGCUCAAAUGAAGCAUUUACAAAUUAAAGUUCGUUUUGUAGUUAAGCAUCAAAUUUACUUUUGGCUGGUAUAUUUUAUGGUUGUUCUUAAUUCAAUAAUGUUAGCAACUAAACAUUUUAAUCAAUCAAAAUGGAUAACUGAUACUCAAAGCAUCUCUGAAAAGAUAUUUUUAACACUCUUCAUAUUCGAUGUGGUUCUGAAAAUAUUUUCUUUGUCAUUUUCUGGUUAUUGUGCAUCGCCGUUCAAUUUAGUGGAACUUAUUGUCGUAUUUUUAAACAUUGUUGAAGUAUUGAUUCAGAUAGAGGCUGGUUUAAGUAUAUUUCAAUGCUUGAGAUUAUUGCAAGUUUUCAAAGUAACAAAGUAUUGGACAACAUUAAAAAAUCUUGUGACAUCAUUUGUAAAUUCGAUAAAUUCAAUUGUUAGUCUUCUCUUUCUUAUUCUUUUGUACAUGGUUAUUAUGGCUCUAAUGGGAAUGCAGCUUUUUGGAGGAAGGUUCAAGAAUCUUCCAAAAUCUAUUAAUUCAAACUUUGAUACAUUCACUAAUUCUAUGCUAUCUGUUUUCCAGAUAGUUACAGGAGAAGACUGGUAUUCAGCAAUGUAUGCAGGAAUGGCAGCUUAUGGUGCACCUGUUUCUUUUUUUGGUGUUGCAACAUCUCUUUACUUUUUGUUUUUAGUAGUUUUUGGAAAUUAUACUUUGUUAAAUGUUUUUUUAGCCAUAGCUGUUGAUAACUUAGCCAAUGCAGAAAUAUUGAAUCAAGAUGAAAGUCAUCACUUAAAUGUCAGUAACCUAGAAAAUAAAUCAGUAUUACCGAAACCAAAAUCUAUAAAUUUACUUCCAAAAAAUGAUAAAAACUUAGAUAACAUAAGUAGAGAGAAAAUAUUUUACAAUAAGUAUACCCAAAAAGAAAUUUUAUUUACAAAGAAAGAAUCUUUGGAUUUAAAGACACAGUUUAAUAAUGCUGAAAAAUCUGAUGAUUGUUUGAAAGAUAAAACGUCUACAGAAAUUUUUUUCAUAAAUUCAAAUGCAGUUAUGGAUGACUCUAAAUCAUUUGUUUCUAGUGUUGUAACAAAUCAUUUUGUUUCCACUCCCCAAGACCCAUUUUGUAAUACUGCAAUCAAUACUUCCACAACAAAUUUUGAAUCAAAAAUGGUUAAAGACAGAAGUAGAAAAGCUCAAAAAAAAAGUAUAUUUUUUGGAAAUAUGACCUCCGAAUCAUUCAACUCUGACAAUUUAAGGAAAAUUAGCAAAGUUUUGUAUGAAAAUGACUCACAAGCUACAACUGAGCAUGAUGCAGAAAAUACAUCUGAACAAGAGCCAGUUAAUUAUAAUGCAGCAGAAGAAGAUUUCUCACAGCAGAUAAAACAUAAUGGAAUUCUAAAUAUGUUAAGAGUUAGUGUUGUACAAGAAAAGCCUUUAAAUUUACAACCUAUGAAAAAUCAUUCCUCGCUUUUUAUCUUUUCUUCAAAAAACAGGUUUCGCCAAUUAUGCAUAAAGAUUAUUCAUCAUCGAUUAUUUGAUGCAUUUAUGAUAACAAUAGUGGUGCUAUGUUCUGCUGCUCUUGGAUUUCGUGAUCCACUUGAUAAAAAUAAGGAACUUAAUAGGGUUUUAGUCUAUUGUGAUUAUGUUUUUACAUUUGUUUUUGGAGUUGAAGUUUUCCUAAAGGUAGUAGCUGAUGGGUUUUUUCUGCACAAAGGUUCAUACCUUAGAAAUGCAUGGAACAUUCUUGACAUUUUAAUUUUUGUGUUUAAUCUAACGUCAAUAAUUCUUCAUAAUUUUCAUAAAUCUUACAAUGAACCAACUACAUUAGCAGAUGUAUUUAAUGUGUUUACAAUACUGCGACCUCUCAAAAUAAUUCAAAAGAUUCAUAAGCUGAAAGUUGUGUUUCAUUGUAUGCUUUAUUCAUUCAAAAAUGUUAUCUUCAUUUUAAUAAUCACUUUUUUAUUACUCUUUAUAUUUGCUUGUUUUGGAGUCAAAUUUUUUCAAGGUGUUUUGUACAGUUGUAAUGAUGUAAGUAAAUCAAUUCAGGAGGAUUGCCAGGGCAGCUUUUAUAGCACAAUUAUGAAUGGCAGAGUUUUAAAAUCAGAGAAUCGAGAAUGGAAAAACCAAGAUUCAAAUUUUGACAACAUUAUUGUUGCAUUGUUCACACUUUAUAUAUGCUCAACUGAGGAUAAUUGGCCAGACCUCCUGUACAAAAUAAUAAAUUCGAUGGGUAUGAGUAUUGGACCAUUGGAAAAUAACAAACCUUACAUAGCAAUAUACUUUGUAAUUUUUAUUGUGUUAUUUACUUGUAUAAUUAUUAAUAUUUAUAUUGCAUUUGUUAUACUGACCUUUCAAAAGCAUGGCGAGAAAGAGAUAUUAUGUGGAUUGGAUCGAAACCAAUGUGAUUGUUUGCACUUUGUUCUUAAUGCUAACCCCCAGAAAAGUAUUAAUCCUAAAGACAAAUCAUCACUUUCAUAUCAAGUGUGUGUUGUUGUAGAAUCAAAACAAUUUGAAUAUUUUAUUAUGUCAGUUAUAGUGAUGAACUGCAUACAGUUGAUGAUGAAGUAUAAUGGAAUGUCAGAGAAUUAUAAGAAUUCAUUGAUAUACUUGAACAUAUUAUUUUCAUUCAUAUUUUGCUUGGAAUCCAUUAUGAAAAUUAUUGCAUAUAGAUUGCAUUACUUUAAAGAUUUUUGGAAUUUAUUUGAUUUGGCAGUUAUAUUUGGUAGUUUGAUGGAUUUCCUAUUAACAUAUGUUGUAAAGAAUACGGUAUUGGAUCCAAGCAUGUUUCGGUUAUUUAGGCCAGCUCGCAUUAUAAAGAUUUUGCAUAAAAGUACAAAUAUGAGAAUUAUGCUGUUGACAUUUUUUCGUUCAGUUCGAGCUUUACCAUACGUGACAGGAUUAAUUUUAAUAUUAAACUAUGUUUACGCAGUUCUUGGAAUGAUGUUAUUUGCAAAUAUCAAGUUAGAUGGAACCGUUUUCCAUCAACAAAACAAUUUUCGAAGUAUUUAUGGAUCAAUUGUACUUUUGUUUAGAUGCUCAACAGGUGAGAAUUGGAGUCUCAUUAUGUAUAGUUGCUACAAUAAAGCAGAAUGUGAAUCAAAUUCAGACAUAAUCACAAGUGAAAAAAAGUAUUGUGGAAAUACAUGGGUGGCUAGAAUCUAUUUUACUUCCUAUUUAUUUUUUUCAAUGUUUUUGCUGUUAAAUCUGUUUGUGGCAAUAAUUAUGGAUAAUUUUGAAUACCUGACAUCUGAUGGCUCAAUACUUGUUCCACAUCACAUAAAUGAAUUUGUUAGACUGUGGUCGAAGUUUGAUCCUGAUGCAACUGGUUUUGUUUCCUAUAAUCAGUUUUAUGAAAUGAUGCUGCAACUUCUUCCUCCUGUUGGAUUUGGCUAUCAUUGUCCAAAAAUUGUUGCAUUCAAACGGUUAAUUCGUAUGGACAUCCCUGUAGACACAGAUGGAAGCGUAUCCUUUUACACAACACUUCUAGCACUUGCUCGAGUUAACUUAAACUUUUGUACCAAAGGUAGUAGAUUUGAAAACGAUAUUGAGCUCAAGAGAAUUAUCAAGUCAUUAUGGCCCAACAUGGCUGAAAAAUCUCUGAAUAAAUUUUUUCCAAAGCUAAAAGAAAACGAAUCUUUAACUGUUGGAAAAAUAUACUGUUUAAAGCUGUUAGUGAUGAAUUAUCGGCGACGUAAACAAAAGGCUGCUGAAGUACCUAACUCUUUGUUGAAUAAAGAAUAUUUUGAUGCAAGUGACGCCGAAAAUCCAAUAAACUUAAAAUACUUUUUUAACCCUGGAAGCGAAGAUAAUAAAGCUCGUAGAAAUCACACUUUUUCUGGAGUGUUUUAUAUAUAAGAACAUUUCAAUGACCUAGUUAAGUUAUCAAUUACUCUCAUGAACUCGAAAGAAAAUUCCAUGCAAAAAAUUUUUGAUUACGAAAUGACGAAAUUUACGAAAAAACAUGUAUAUGUAUGCACGCACUGAUAUUUAUUAUUACUUAUUAUAUUUAUUAUCGAUUUUUUAUUUAUUUAUUAUUUGUGUUAUCAAUA